AUGGGGAAAACCAUGAGGAAAUCAGAAUUGGACAGCAUUUUUCCUAAACGAAAAGCCGAUUCUGUGCGGCAAGACAUGAAAGAGUUCCCUAUAUACGUAUUGAGUGGUUACUCUAUUGGUUCUAGCACGCCAAAUGUCUAUGCUGGUGAUAUAUCGCCGGAAGAGUUGCGUUGGAAAGCUUACCAGGCUCAGAUGUCGGGCAAUCUUCAGGAGUAUAUGCAAUUCCAACAGAAUGCGUUUCAAGAAAUAGAGAGGAAAAAGCAAAUUGUUCAGAGGAACCCGGAAAAAACCGUUGAGGAAAUCCGCAAUGUGCUUGCCGGCAGGAAGAAUUUCAAAUCCAUCUUUUCCGAACAGAACACAGGAUUUGGUGCAACUUCAUCUCCCGCAGCAUCUGCAUUCGGUUCUUCCACUCAACAAAACAAUGCUUUUGGCGCUGCCGCACCUCAAACCUCUGCUUUUGGAUCUGCUUUUGGAGCCGCUUCCACUGCUUCACCGUUUCGACAACAAUCAACAAGUGCAUUUGGCGCACCAAGCGCCUUUGCAUCUCCAAAUCCAACGGCAUUCGGGAACACAACAUCAUCAUUUGCAAACAAUCCAGCCAGUGUGUUUGGAUCCCAAACAACGAAUCCUCCCCCGGCCUUUGGCGCUACAAGCUUUGGUGCCGCAGCAAACCAACAAUCUUCUAUAGGAAACACUGGCAACGGGUUCUCUUUCAAUGCAUUCCAGUCUCCACAAACGAACUCGGCCUUCAAUACGAAACCCGGAACCUCAGCUUUUGGGGCUAGUCCGGCCGCCAACCCGCCUACAACUUUUGGCAAAACAAGCACAACGAGCAAUCAACCAGCUGCUGUCUUCGGUCAAAGCUCCUUCCCCUCCGCUUCUGCGUUUGGCUCGAGCGCUUUUGGUCAAACAUCAGCUUUUGGUUCGGUACCAAAUACGAACAAUACCGGCAAUACAAACCCCGCACAGAAGUCGGCCUUCUCCAAUACCCCGUCUGGUGCGUUCUCCUUUGGGGGAGCAGCAUCUUCUUUCGGACAGUCGUCCUCUAAACCAAGUGCCUUUAAUGAAGCCGCGUCUGUUUUCGGAAAUUCAGCAAAUACCAAUGCACCUAACACUUCUGCGUUCGCUACGUUUGGAAAUACUCAAAACGCACAACAACAACAGGCAGCUUCUGUAUUCGGUUCAACAAACAACACUCAACAGGCAGCUCCCACGAGUGCGUUUGGUGCUAGUCAACAGCAGCAGAACCCCCCAACCGCUGGCACAGCGAGUGGUUUUUCUUUUGCACUUCCGACUGCAGCCAGUACAAACAUCAGUGUGGCUUCUUCUGCUCCUGCCGCUACCCCUGCUUUUGCAAGCUCAAACCCUUCUGUUACAGACUCAUCCAUUCCUCCCGAAUUCUUGGAGCAAUUUCAAAAACCACAAUUCACAAUCGGUCACAUUCCAACGGUUCCCCCUCCUCCCCAAUUUUGUCAAUAA